CUUGGACGGAGGGCUGAGCCACUGAAGACCUGCCUAGUGAGGUCAACAGCCUACAGGGGGUGCCAGGAGAAAAAGAAGAUUGCAGCACCACACCCAGCUGACAGGAGGCGCUCAUGAUAUGUUGCCAGAAAACCCCACCUAUAUUUCAGACUCCACCACGUAUUAUAGCUCUGAACAACAGUACGAUGGAAUUGGUCUGUGCAUUGAAAAGUGAACAGUUUACCCAAUCAGGGAUCUAUUGGUACCGAUGGAGCAAGGAGAUCCAAGACUUCCAGUAUGUACUAUUUUCAAAUGUUUUUCAGAAACACACCAUCACCAACAACAUCGACAAAGACAGGUUUAAUGUGAGCAAAGGAAGCUUUCGGCACACAUACACUCUGAAGAUCAGGAAGCUUCAGCCUUUGGACGCUGGCACAUAUUACUGCGCUGUCUCCCAUUCCUCAGAGCUGCUCUUUGGCAAUGGAACGGAGCUUAGCGUGGUCGACUCUUUGCCUUCCACUGAAAAACCUACAGAGAAUACGCCGCCCCCGACGAAACCUGUGAGGUGCAUAAUUCCUGCUAAAAUGAAAGGUUCUUCCUGCAGCGGCUUCAUCUGGGCCCCAUUAGUGGCAUGUGCUGUUAUUUUACUGCUGUCUCUGGUUGCUGCCAUCCGUCGCUUUCAGCGCCUGCGCAGGAGACUGCGGCUUCAUUUCAACAAACAGGUUUUUAAGUAAGAUGAAUACCUGGAGGAUUCUUCCGUGUUGCACAUCAGAUGGCUACUGUAAAUGCCACACGAGAUCAACACCUGGAACACAUGAGCCAGGAGGAAUGUUAUGGAAAACAAUCUGAGACUUGAAAUGCAGAGUAGAUAUUUGUUCUCUGGGAUUUACCACAGCUAUAUUUAGUAUUCUCUCACUUACUACAGCUUACAAAUUGUAGGGUCAGGUCCCGCAAAAUGCCAGCUGAGCUGCCUCCUGCUGCAUGCCUUCAAUUCCUUCUAAAGUCAUCAGGCUUUGGGGCUGCUCAGCACCUUACAGGAAUAACCGCUAGUUUGCUGUAUGUGUUGUCAUGUACAAUAGUGUGUAAAUAGUGUUUUUGUACAAUGUACUGAAAAAUUCUUCUGCAGAGCUUCAUGGCACUCUAUACAUUCAA